CUAUAUCCGUACACAAUGACACACCGGAGAGGUUUUUCUUGAGGUUUAUUUUCUUUUUGUCACGCGCUCGGCGAUAGUUAUACUCCACGUUAUUGAAUAAAAAGUGUUAAUCAUGUGUAGACAGGAGUAAUUGAAUUGAAUUUUUUUGCAGGAUUUUCUUUCGUGCUGCAUUUUUUUUACUGCAUUAAGUUACUUCCGCCUUGUUGGAAGUCUUGUUUAUUUUCUUUUAUUUAUUUAUUUAUUUAUUUAUUUACUAAUAAACAAAUCAUCAUGAAAGUGUUGAGGUUCUCCACACAUCCGGCCUCUGUGGCUUACUCUAUGACCACACUGGGGUCCAGUAUGAUGAACAGCAUUUUUAGUUUUUAUUACGUGAAGCUGUUCCUGAACAAGUACAACAUAUCAGAAGGAGCUUUCCACAAGUCCCAGGUGGUGUAUAUGAUCUGGAACGCGCUAAACGACCCGCUCUUCGGCUACCUGCAGGACAACUCCCGCAUUCCCUGUUGUUCCCGGCGCCGGAUGUCCAUCCUGUAUGGCGCUCCGUUCUACAGCCUGGCCUUCCUGCUGGCCUGGUUCCCGUGGCGAUCGUACGAGGCGGGCGACUGGCUGAGCGGCAUGCACCUGGUCAUCACGCUGUGCGCCUUCGACGGCAUGCUGACCUUCGUACUCCUGGCCCAGUGUGCACUCUUCGCCGAGAUCUCGGAGAACCACCAGGUCCGGCUGAGGCUCAUUAAGUACAGCCAGGUGGCGUCUCUGGUCGGCUCGUCCAGCGUGCUCUUCUGCGGCCUGGUCUCCCAGAACAUGGACAACUUCUUCGCUUUCCAGGUGUUCUGCGUGUUGGUGGCACUGCUGGGAUGCGCCUGCAUGGUCUACACGGGUUUCCACAGCGAGAGCCGCUUCGACGCGAAGGUCACGGAGGCCAGCUCGCAGCAGCAGCAGCCUCUGUCCUUUGCCGCCGUGACAACCAUGACCAAGCAGAUCCUCACCAAUCGAGACUUCCAGCUCUUCGUGAUCAUGAACUUCUUCCAGGUUUUCCUCUUGGCCUUCUUCAACAACUUUGCCAUGAUCUUCGCCGACCACCUCAUCCCGCCGGACGCCCUGCCCUCGCUGGCCAAGAGCAUCAUGUACGGAGCUGGAUUUAUCUGCCCCCAGUUGCUGGUGUUGUGUGGUCAGGAUCUGCUGCAUGUGAUAGGGUAUUACCGCAUCAUCCUCAUCACCUUCGCUGUGGAAGCAGGAGGCGCAGUGACCAUGCUGCUGCUCGGGGCAGGACACUACUACUGUCUCGCUGUGUUCAUCACCGUCAACAUGAUUUUGGUCCAAGCUGCUUUCAGUCUCUUUAACCUGCCUCUGGCUGACAUCAUCGACUCGGACCUGCAGAAGUACAAGCGCAGCUCUCCGCUUUCUUCGAUGGUUUUCGGGACCAACGCUCUCUUCACUAAACCCGCCCAGUCUCUAGCGCCCAUGCUGGUGGUCUCCAUUUUAAAUCAGUACGGCUACGAGGAGCUGAAGGACGGGAACGUGACGGAUCAGGGUGCCCUGGAGGUGCUCCACAGCACCAUGUUCCUCCUGAUCUGCUUGGUGCCUUUGUGCAUCACCUCUCUGCAGUUCUUCUCCUGGAAGCCGUUCUCCAUCAGAGAGAGUCACACCACUGACUCGAAGUACGUAGAGGGAUGAUUUCUUGGAGACUCGCCCUUCUUUCCAUCAAUAUCAUUACAAUCAGUCAAUCAAUUUUAUAUUUAGAAUGUAAUUUUUAGAAUAUCCGGGUUUGGGGAGAGUAUUAUUUUAUUAGUACUGGGACUUUUUUUUUUUUUUACGUACUACUGAAACACUAAUACUGAUGCAUUUGAAAGUAGUGGUUAUUUUUUAUCCGUGUGGGGACUUUUAUAAGAAAAAAACCCAACAAAAUGGGACUUUUAUUCUGUGGGUGGUGGAACAGGAGCUCUUGAGCAGAUGUGGAUGUGCCGUGUGAGCGAUGGAAGGUCUACUGUUAAUUCUAGGGCAUGGGGGUGCCAAUACUUUUGAAACCAGUGCCCUUUGCAGUGGAAUGCCGAUAUCAUGUGGUAGGAUUCAUUGAAAAUUAAAUUACAUCUAACACAAAGUUUCUCCACAUUAAAGAAAAGGCACAUUUUCCUACAGGAUCUAAUGAAAUAUUCAUCGAUAUAUUUAGGGCAGGAUACGCUACAGUGCCAAAAGUUUUGGAACGUCUGCCUUUACAUGCAUAUGAAUGUAAUAUGGAGUUGACUCCGCCCCUUAUUGCAGCUAUAACAGCUUCAACUCCUCUGGGAAGGCUUUCCACAAGGUUUAGGAGUGUGUACUCUCUCUCUCCCUCCCUCCCACUCUGUGUCCUUCCCUCCUUCUCUCUCUCUCCUUAACUCUCUCCCCCUCCCUCCUUCUCUCUGUCUCCCUCCCUCCCUCCCUCCCUCAAUCCUCCAACCCCCUCCAAGACCCUCCCUCCCCCACCCCUCCACUGUCUUUCCCUCUCUAUCUUUUUCUCUCUCUCUCUCUCUCUCUCUCUCCAUCCCUCUCUCUCUCUCUCUCCCCCCUCCUCCCUUGUUUCACUCCCCCUCUCUCUCUUUCCCUUCCUUCCUCCUUAUCUCCCUCCCUCCCUCAAACUCGCUCAACACUCCCCCCUCCCCGUCCCCCUCUCCUUCUUCUCCGUCUAAAUAAAUAAAUAAAAACAAAUAAACUCCAACAAUACCUCUUCAUAAAUGAGGGAGUGCCAAUACUUUUGGAUUUCAGUUAUAAAAGGAGGUGAGCAAAAACCUGAUUGGAUCGAGGGUCAUGUGACGUUAAGAAAAAAAGAAAAACAAACUACUUUCUUUAAAGCUAGCUCCAGUGUGUUUACAUCACGGUGCGUUUUCAUUGGUGGAUGAGAACCAACCCCUCCCACCCCCCACACCUCAAAAA